CCAUUUUCAUUUGUAUUUAGCUUAGUUUUUCUUAUCUGUAUUCUUACUGUACAUCUUUUCCCCCAAAAAAAUGUCAUUAAUACUAUCGGAUAGUCUAAAUUAUAAGCGGGCUUCUCUUAAGAUUGAUUUUUCUCACAUUUAGCUCAUCAUUAGAUCAUCUUUUAAUUUCUUUUUUUUGUUCAGUCUGUAUAUUUAUAAGAAAUUGCUCAAUUCAUGAAUCAGGUUUAAGCUGGAUUUGAUCUUUAUCUAAUAAGAAUUGAGAAAGCAUUUUUCCAAUGGUGAAGUCGUACUCUAAGCUCGGAGAAUCAGGCAUUCCAGAAACGGCUUCUUAUGACGAAAUACCAAAGCCAGAUGGAGCUGGAAAUCAUUUUCUUCAGGGAUUUGGAGCUUCAGCUAUGAAGAAAAGAGGUUUCAACAGCCGUUCAUGGAUACAGAUAGACCGUAGUGGAAAAUCUCAAACUUUGGCAUUUGAUAAAUUCACACUGAUGAGGCGCUGCCAGCUUCCAGCUCGAGAUCUCAGGCUCUUAGAUCCCUUGUUUGUCUACCCCUCAACGAUUCUUGGUCGAGAGAAAGCAAUUGUAGUCAGCCUGGAGCAAAUUAGAUGCAUAAUCAUGGCGGAUGAGGUUUUACUCAUGAAUUCUUUGGAUAGCAGUGUUCUGUACUAUGAAUCAGAAUUGGGCCAAAGACUUCAGGCAAGCAAAGAUCAAAAUGAUGAUCUUCCUUUUGAAUUCAAGGCUUUGGAACUUGCUCUUGAGUUGGCUUCAGCAUCACUUGAAUCUCAGGCCACUGAACUGGAAAUUGAGAUAUAUCCUGUGCUUGAUGAGCUAGCAACCACAAUUAGCACCAUAAAUCUAGAGCAUGUUCGCAGGCUAAAAAGCCAUCUUCUUGCUUUAACCUACAGAGUUCAGAAGAUUCGCGAUGAAAUAGAACAUCUCAUGGAUGAUGAUGGUGACAUGGCUGAGAUGUAUCUUACCCAGAAGGAGGAUGGAAUCGAAGCAUUUCAAUCCACUCUCCGAUAUUCGAGCAGUCUUGAAUUCUGCAACACUGGUUUCUCAAGGUCUGCUCCAGUUUCACCAACAUUUUCCACUAGUAUUAUCAGCCCAAGCAAGGAGGACAGCUCCAGGAGUUCAUUCAAUAAUGGGAGUCAUGUUGAAGAAUUGGAGAUGCUUUUGGAAGCAUAUUUUGUUGUCACAGAUAAUACACUAAGCAAAUUAUCAUCUCUGAAAGAGUAUAUAGAUGAUACUGAGGAUUUUAUCAACAUCAAACUGGACAAUGUGCGAAAUCAGUUGAUUCAAUUUGAGUUGCUGCUCACCGGAGCCACUUUUGUUGUAACCAUUUUUGCAGUUGUUACAGGUGUAUUUGGGAUGAACUUUCAGAGUUCUGUGUUUGACAGUCCCUCCAACUUCAACUGGGUGCUUAUAUUAUCUGCUGUUUUCUGCGGGGUUUUAUACUUAUCCUUUCUGCUAUAUAUUAAGCAUAAGAGAUUGUUAACUUUGUGACAAAUCUUAUAUUAUUAAGCUUACAGUGCCAUGUUUAUUUUUUUAUUCAUUUUUUUUGUUGUUGUUCUGCCCAUGUAUGAGUCAUAGUUGUCUCUAAUAGAUUAUUUAUGUUGAAAUUAUGCCA